AUGUCUUCCAACAGCUUCUUCAGGACGUCUCCCACCGUCGUUCUUCCGGCCUCAACUCAAGAACAAUACUUCGGCAACCACUACAUGGAGACUGACACUGGCGGACCAAUUCCGAAUGGCCCUUCGUCCACAUUCAACGACUUUCAGAACCACUCUAUGACACAAGUUGCGACUCAGCCGGGAUCGGCUCCUUCCCUCGCCGGACGCAAGCGAUCUAGAGGUGACAUCUUCUCUGAGGUCGAGGAAGACGCCGGCCGGAACGAUGACGGCUCAAUCUCAACGCCGUCAGAGGACAGAGCUUACAGCUAUCGGUCGUUCGCCGAAUCGCCUUCUGAGAUUGCGAUGGGAGGGUGCAACGAACACGACCCCUUCAACACGGCUUCUGCGCAACGUCCACAGGUCGCCAGCCGCAAAUCUCAGCGCAUGGAUUCGAAGGCAUCGUUACCUGGCGCCGACGAUCUUGCCCAGCUCGUGCUCCCUCAUACGAUCCGCGAAGCCACUACCGAACCAUUGAUCGAUGAAGCGACUCGUUCUCUCGGCAUCAGCUGGCAACGCAUGGACUCCACAGAGGUUUUGCAGAUAAAACAACGAGCAUACUCCAAGUGGAUCCAGAAUCAUUUCUCACGACUCACUGACGUCGCUAUCUGGCUGGAGAACUCUGCACUUCCAGCAUAUCUCGUCACCGCAAACAACACCAACACGGGCCAGCGCGAAUAUUACAUCUUCUCCACCGAUCUCACCGAGGCACGCCUUGUCACCACCGACCCAAGCCAACUCAUUCCGCGUCUGAAGAUGCUGCCCGCACUCGAACUCGCCGCUCCGGGCGGCAAGCUUGUCGCGGAGACUGAUCCGAUUCCGGCGUCCCAGUCCGAAGUCGAUGAUGCUCAUGUCGAUAUCGUCGGCUGUGCUGCUCAUGCCAUGGAGAUGGACUAG